AUGGAAUCCAGUGCAGACCAGGCCGGCUCCAAGUGUGCUGUUGUUACCACAGUCCGUGGAGUAGAUGCAAAGGAGUUGAGGUUCUUCCUGACGUGGCACCUGCAUCUCGGAUUUGAGUUCAUCUGGGUGUUUUUUGAUUUCUCCGAAGGAGCUCAGGGGGCUGACGAGGAGACUGUCAGAAUGAUAGAUGAGCUCGAAUUCCGAGGCCGGGUCUUCAAGAGCUUCUCAAACGACGAGCUCAGGGAGGAGCAGCGGCGAAUCUGUAGGAGCUGGGAGAGGUUGCAGGCUUGUUUGGACGAAGUUCCUGCCAGGCAAGAGCUCAAUGCAGAUCUCGCUAUCACAAGGGCAAUGCAGGCUGGCGCACGAUGGAUUUUGCACUUGGACUCAGACGAGUUGUGGUUCCCUUAUAGCAGCGAGGAUGCUGACGUCUUCUCCCAACGGAUGGCCAGCAGCUCAAACUUAGUUUCUCAACAUUUUGAUGGUCUGGAGAGACAGGGGAUAGGCCACAUCACCUAUCAGAAUGUUGAGGCAGUUCCCGAGAACUUGUCGGUCACAAACGCCUUCGCCGAGGCGACCUUGUUCAAGUGCCAUUUUACUUCCCUUCCUCUGACGCAUGAUGCCAUGGUGACGCUCAAGGAAUGGACCAGCAAAAAUAAGAACGGCCAAUUCUUCGUGGGAUAUGACAAUGGGAAGUCAGCUGUUCGCCUUUUGAAAGGCGUUACAUAUUCAAACUAUAUCGUUGACGUCCGUUCCAACCGAAAUUUCUCAAGGCCUCCUGAACCCUUAAUGGUCGAUGGAUGCAUUUUGCAUUAUAUUUCUUGUGGCUUUCAGAGGUUGAGCUGCAGAAAUGAGUGGUACAAGAAGUAUCAGAGUCUGGGUCCCUUCAAGGAUUCUUGGUUCAACGGAAAGGUGGUUUCACAGCAAACUCAAGACGAAGCGAGGGCUUGGUAUGCCAGGCAGAUGAUUCCCUCCAAGUCUCUUGUGCAAAAAUCUAUACAGCAUGGAGUCUGCAAAAGAAUCUUGUCAGUUAGGAAUUACAGUCAAACUCUGUUCCAAGUGCCUCCUGAAGAGGAAAACUCUCUGGCUGAAGAAAACUCAAACUCAGAUCCCACACAAGAACUCAACAACCAAAACGAGUGCUCAGAAACGAAUACCGCCACGCAUGACAACGCAAGAAGCAGUGGCUUCCAAUGA